AUGGCUCGUCGUCGAAAUGAAGACGCUGACAGUUCGCGCAGUAAGUCGCAAACACCCGAGACAGCUCCAAACGCAAUAGAAGACAAGCUCACACUCGAGACCCACCAGGUCCGCAAUAUCGCCCUCGGGACGAUCCUAGUAGUGACCUUCUAUAUCCUACUGCAAUCGCUCAAUGUCGGACCGCACCAACUCGAAAGGACAACUCGGCAGUCGCUGCAGGCUAUCAGCCACCUGACGCCCGAGUCGUUGUGGAAGAGCCAUGGCUCGAAGAUCGUCAAGGUGACCUCGGUGUUUGGGCAGGACAAUGAGUUGUACGAGGGCGCGUUGCGAAGUCAUAAAGAGCACAAUCGGAUUCAUGAGUAUGAUAUGAAGGUGCUGAGGGAGAAGAUUGUGAGCAAGUACUGGAGCACGCCAACCUAUUUGCUUUCGCUGGUUGUCGAAGAGCUGGCGAAACCAAAGGAACUGCGGUCGGAAUGGCUGAUGUGGUCUGGACCUGACGUGAUCAUCCUGAACCCUCAUGUCCCACUCGAGUCGUUUCUCCCUCCUGCCGAUUUCAGCCGAACACAUCUGCUGGGCACACACGAUAGCAAAGGCUUCAACAGCGGCGUCUUCUUCCUCCGAGUCCACGACUGGAGUGUGCAGAUGCUAGUCGAAGUCCUGUACGCAGGGAACUUCCACCCCGAGAUCGAACGCGCGGAGGACAAGACACAAGCAGCCUUCGACGAGGUGCUGCGCUCUGACCGCUUCCGCGGCCAAGUGGUAUACCAGCCGCGAACAUGGUAUAAUGCAUACCAACUGAAUGCAACUCAGUUUGAAGGCCACCGUGGCGAUUUACUAGUCCACUUCCACGACAUCGGCGGCGACAAAUGGACAGCUAUGGCCGAUACUCUCGCACGGACAGCGAAGGCGAAGAAGAAGUGGGCUGUCCCUUUCGAGGAGACGACCUACGAGAGCGAGAUCUCCGAUUAUUGGGAGCGGAUACGCAAGGCGCGUCAGCUCCUGAGCGUGGCGCGGAGCCGGCAGGAAGAUAAUGCUGUUUGGGAAGCCGUGAGGCGACUGUCGUACGCUUUGACCUACGAAGUUGAUGAUAAGGAGAAGAUGCGAGGGGGCAUGAUCGCGGUGCAGAAUGCUCUGCGGCUGCCGGAUAGCGAAAGGCUUGUGGAGUGA